GUUAGGAAGUUUAAUAUUCCUGGAAUUCAUGCAUUUUGAGAGGUCAAAUAGGGGGUAGGACAUAUAUGGGAUGACACCAAGGAAUGUUGAUGAACAGAGAGAUACGGGGGUCCAAGCCCAUAGUUCCCUAAAUGUAGCCACACAGCUGAUUAGAGUGGUGAAGGUAUGUGGCAUGCUUGGUUUUCAUAGCUCAGGCCUAGAAUCCAAGAGUUGGGACAUUAUGUUGCAACUUUAAAAACCACUGGUUACACCGCACUCCCAGUGUUGUGUGCAGUUCUGAUCACUACACCAUAGGAAGGAUGUGGUUGUGCCAGGGAGAGCGCAGAGGAGAUUGGCCAAGAUGUUACCUGAGAUGGAGGGCAUGGUAGUGUAGCGGUUAGCGUAACAUUAUUACAGCGCCAGCGACCUGGGUUCAAUCCCGGCUACUGUCUGUAAGGAGUUUGUACAUUCUCCCCAUGUCUGCGUGGGUUUCCUCCGGGUGCUCCGGUUUCCUCCCACAUUCCAAAGACGUACGGGUUAGGAAGUUGUGGGCGUGCUAUGUUGGCGCCGGAAGCAUGGCGACACUUGCAGGCUGCCCCCAGAACACUCUACGCAAAAGAUGUAUUUCACUGUGUGUUUUGAUGUACAUGUGACUAAUAAAGAUAUCUUAAACUAUGAGGAGAGCUGAGACUGGUUGAAUUUGUUUUCCUUGCAGUAGAGGCAGCUGAGGGGUGACCUGAUUUAGGCAUAUAAAAGUAUAAGAGGCAUAAAUAGGGUAGAUAGUCAGAAUCUUUUCCCCCUUCUAGGGGUAUGAAUAACAAGUGGGGACAGGUUUAAGGUGAGAGGAAGGAGUUUUAAAGGGAAUCUGAAGGGAAAGUGUUUUUUUUCCACAAUGCUGAAUGCCAGAAGAGGCGAUGGAAUCAGAUACAGUCACUGCAUUUAAGAAACAAUUUAUUUAAAUGCAGAUUUGUGGGAUUAAUGUAGAUGGGAAAAAGGGUUGGCACGGGCGUGGUGGGCCGAAGGUCCGUUCCUGCGUUGCACCGGGAAGGGGAUUGUGCGCAGGCGCGGGAUGGCGGCGCGCUGCGAGCCCGGGCCGGGAGCCGCUCUGAUGGGGGAGCCGGAGCAGGAAAGUCCGAGGCCCGAGCCCGCCUUCGUCUACACGGAGGCGGACCUGUUCCGGAGCGGCAUCCGCUGGGACGGGGAGCGGCCCGACUCCCGCUUCGACCAGGCGCUGCGCUCGGCCUGGGAGCGGCGGAUGCGGGCCGGCUGCUUCCGCUACCGGCUGUGGGGGCCCGAGCUGCCGGCCCGGGAGCUGCCGGGGCCCCGCCGCCUGCUGGCGCAGCUCAACGUGCGGCGGGCCACCGAGCGCCGCCCGCCGCAGGAGAUCCUCAGCGUGCGGCAGCCCUUCGACCCGCAGCGCUUCAACUUCAGCCGCGUCCCGCACCGGGAGAUUCUCUUCCCGCUGCGCCGGAGCCCGAGUGCCGAGGCCGCGGCGCCGGGCGGGGGUCCCCGGGAGCCGGGCGGGGGUCCCGGCGGGGACGCCGAGGCCCUGCUGAUCAUCAACGUCAGCCCGCUGGAGUACGGCCACGUCCUGCUGCUGCCGGAGCCCGGGCGCCUGCUGCCGCAGUGCCUGACGCGGGCCUCGGUGCUCCGGGCCCUGGAGCUGGUCUUCCUGAGCUCGGAGCCCGCCUUCCGCGUCGGCUUCAACAGCCUGGGCGCCUUCGCCUCCGUCAACCACCUGCACCUGCACGGCUUCUACCUGCGGCACCGGCUGGAGCUGGAGCGGGCGCCCACCGAGCCGCUGGCCGAGGCCGGCCUGGGGGCCCGCGUCCACCGGCUGUGCGGCCACCACACCCGCGGCCUGGUGCUGUACUCGGACGGCGGGGAGCGGGACCGGGCCCGGGUGGCGGACGCGCUGCUCGCCGUCAGCGACCUGCUGCUGCGCCGCUCGCUCGCCCACAACCUGCUGCUGAGCCGCGGCUGCCCGCUGGGCCGCCGGCCGCCGCAGCCCGACGGCCGGGACGGGGUGCGGCUCGUCCUGUGGCCGCGCCGCUCCUGCUUCGGCGCCAAGGACGGCGCGGCCUUCAACGUGGCCGUGUGCGAGCUGGCCGGCUUCCUGCCCGUCCACACCGCCCCGCACUUCGAGAGCCUGACCGAGGAGGCGGCGCUGCGGGUCAUCGGCGAGCAGCUGCUGCCCGCCCAGCGCUUCUCCGAGCUCUGCGCCGAGAUAGCGGGGCUGCCGGGGCACUGAGGGGCCGCCCUCUCCCCA